AUGGCGGAGUUGAAGCAAUUUCUUGAUCUUUGUGAAAAAUUUCAAGGGAUUGUUGAUUUCGCCAUAAUAUACGUCGAAGAAGCACAUCCGGCCAACGGAUGGAUUGUCAAGCAUCAACGACUAUUACCAGCUCAAAACAACAUUUCUGAUAGAAUUGAUGCUGCAAGUGAGUUACAGAGUAUGUGUCCUAAAAUUCCCAUGUACGUAGAUCCAUUCGAUAACAAGAUCUGUAAAGCCUUUGCUGCAUAUCCAGAACGAUUAUACGUACUACAAGACAAUGCUGUAAGAUACCAAGGUAAAAUGGGACCGUUUGGAUAUUCAGUUAAUGAAGUUGAAACUUGCAAAACAUAUACAGUUUGCAAAAUAAUACAUAAAAGAUCAAAAGUUUGUUGUGAUAAGAAGGAACUGUAUUAUUAUAUAGAUGCUAUACUAAAUAGAGUUAAAAAGAAUAAAAUUAUGGAUAUUGAUUAUUUGUAA